AUAUGAGGGUUUGUUUGCUCGCAGUCUUCUCGCUGCUAUUGACCAUAAUCACCACCUCCAUCGAAAACAAGCCAGAAGUGCCAAAGGAGAAUUGGUCUUCUCUAGAUGUUGGAGCAAGCGAGCUAAAAGAUGGAGGGUGGUAAUUGUGAAAGAAAAGAAAACAUACAGCUAUCUUCCUGUUCUGUUUGCAAAUCUGCUUAAAGAAGCCAGCAAGGAGUUCGUGAAGAAGAUAAAGCCUGUGAGUUUCGAGCAAAAUCCGAAGAAAAUUGCUCCAACAAUUGCAAGUCUCUCUGCCCCAUCAACAUCAGAGCUUGUAAAAGAACAUGUCUCAAGAUUUUAG